CCCUCCUGAAAAGAUCUUGUUAAGUGGGUGAAGAUGAGUCUCGACAAUUGCUCGCCUCAUCCUCAUUCUCAUAAUCCUCCAGAUAAAGUUCCAGAUGGAGAACAAAAAGAUGUUGACUGGACCAUAAUCACGUUCAUGGUUGUCAUAGCGCUUGCCUGUGUAAUGCUUAUAAGUGCCGCUUUCAUUUAUUAUCAGUGCAUCCGCAGGCACGACCACAGGCUGAGAACCGCAGAGAGACACCAUCGCCGGAGGCGCAGGGAAUCUUCUCGAACACCAGAAGAUUUUUUGAAUUCACCCACACAGGGCCUCGGCGGUGCAAUGAUAGAUUCCCUGCCGGUUUUUGUCUACACGCCGGAAAAUUACAAGGACGGAUUACGCUGUGCCGUUUGCCUCUGUGAAUUCCAGCACAGUGAGAAGGGCAGGCUUCUGCCCAGCUGUAACCACAGUUUUCAUGUGGAUUGUAUUGGCAUGUGGUUUUAUUCGCAUUCUACCUGUCCUCUUUGCAGAACCAAAGUUGAAAAGCAAUCUGAUGCUUCUGUGGAACUUGACCUUACGCAAAUGGAGGUUUCACUUAGAGAAGAAAAAGAGGAAGAAGAAAUGGAGGAAAAGGAAGUUGUGGGCAGUAGCAGUGGUUCACCAGAAGCAGAGCAACAUGGUAAUAAUGGUGGUCAUGGUGUUAGGUUCAAGGAUGAUGGUGUUGGUGACCAUGUUUGCAUUGAUUUGGACCACCAGCGAAAUUAAACCAGCUUCAACUUCAAUCAUGCCUACUGGUUGAAGUGUAUUAGGGGUCUUCUUAUUUGUACAGAAUUUUACUGUCUCCAUUCGCCUGCGUUUAGAUUUGGCCGUUAUUAGAAAAAGAGUCCGUGUGGUGUGUCCUUGAAGCUAUUGCUUUUAAUGUAUGAUUCAAGAAGAAGGGUGUGCUUUCAUUGCACCUUAUAUUGUUCUUAUUUAA